GCUCUUUAUUUUACUGUGUUGACAGUUCACCGGAAGCUCGGUAUUUUCCCGAAAGAAAAAUUCUCUUUUUCAUCUCCUUUUCUGUGAAUAAAACUAAUCAUUCAGCCCCUCUGGAGCGGCGGCAAAUGACGACGAUGGAGGAAUAUAACAACGGCAGCGAGGGCUCAUUUAACUCUGAAGAAGCUGAUGCCAUCGUGAAAGAGUGCAUCGAGGGCGUCGUCGGGGCUGACGACUACAGCCAGAGUCUGGUGAACAAAUGGACCGCCGGCAUCGUGGAGCGCUGCCUGACGCAGCUGGUGAAGCAGGGGAAAGCCUACAAGUACAUCGUGACCUGUGCUGUGAUGCAGAAAACUGGAGCAGGCCUCCACACGGCUAACUCCUGCUACUGGGACACGGCUAUGGACGGGAGCUGCACCGUGAGGUGGGAGAACCGCACUAUGUACUGUGUGGUCAGUGUGUUCGCUGUGGCUGUGGCGUAGGUCGGUGUCCUCCUGUGAACAGCAGGGGGCCCCAGAGAGCCUCCUGGCAGCUCCACCCCUGACACCCCCCCCCCCCCCCAGAGGAAAACGACUGUAUUUUCUGCCUUCAGAUGCAUGCAAUCAUCGUAAAGUAUUGAUCCCCCUUUAUUUAUCCUUUGCUCCAGCUGGAGUCGUCCUUCUCCUGUGGUUUCUCAUGUUUAAAACGUGUCAGUUCUACGAGGAUUUUUUUUUCUGAUCCAUUUGCAGGAAAAUGAACAAGUUCAGACAUUUAUCUUGACUCAAUAAAGGUUUGA